AUGUCUCCCACGAAGAAAAUCAUUGCUGUCGUCGGCGCCACCGGUGCCCAAGGCUCAUCAGUAGCUCGAACCUUUCUCGCCCUGCCCAACUGGCACGUCCGCUGCUUGACUCGAUCGCCCUCCUCCGAAAGAGCUCAAACCCUCGCUAAGCAAGGCGCAGAACUGGCUCAGGCAGAUCUGGACGACCCAGAAACACUGAGUCGCGCCUUCGCUGGUAUCCAUGCCAUUUUCCUCAAUACCGAUUUCUGGGACCCGUACGGCCGCGCCAUCGCCUCUGGUACAAAUGCCGCAACCAGCGCCAAAAUCGGCUAUGACACUGAGAUAAGGUUCGGCAAGAACGCAAUCGAUGCUGCCCGUGAAAUUCCAACACUGGAGCGAUUUGUCUACUCUGCCCUUGGCCCGAUGAACGCUGCUUCCGGAGGCAAAUACCCACACUCCUACCAUUGGGAAACCAAAGCGUACCUAGCAAAUUAUAUCCAAAGCACCGAGCUUGGCAAAUUGAGCUCCUUCAUCUAUAUUGGUGGAUACCUCACCAACCAAUUUCUCUAUCCGAAAUUCCGAAAGGAGUUUGGAGGGUAUACUCUUAUUCUCCCGGCAAGCAAGCAGACCCGUCUGCCGAUUAUAGAUACUGCUCGCUCGACGGGCCCGUUUGUGAGGGCUUUGAUUGAGGAAGAAGCCCCUGGAACUAAGCUAUUGGCCUACGAUGAAUACCUGAAUUUUGAGGAAAUUAUCAAGAUUUGGUCCAAAGUCACGGGUAAACAGGCUAUGUUUAUGCAGAUGGAUAUGCAGGACAUGCAUGAGAAGUUUGGUGUCCCAAUUGAGGUUCUUGGAGGCCCUGCAUUCCUGGAUGAGUUUGAUUACUGUGCUGGUAUCGAGGGUGUGAUCGAACCUGCUCAGUUGAAAUCUCGAGUGGAUAUGAAGAGUUUCGAAGAGUUGUUGAAAGGUAUGGAUGUUGAUUUUUUGCUGGGAACAAAAGAUUUGUGUUAG